AAUCAGGCUUUAUAAUAGAAAACCGCGCCGCCAACCACCACAAACAACCAGACCGUCAUACGAGCAACACGCGCCUUCAUACAGUGAUCACAGUCGAGUGUCAAUCAUAGUGAAGUGAAGUGAUAAUGGCCAGAAUAUUGUUGUUAUUUGUUAUUGUGGUGGCAGUUACCGGCAAACACCAUCCAAAGUUUCCCAAGUCUGAUGAAAGUGACCCACUGAAGAAAGCAGUGGCCUGCAGUAACGAACAAGACCAGCUGAGAAAUCAAUUCAUUGAGAAAUCACGUUGCGGUGAACCCAAGGAGGUCUUCGUAGACCUAAAGCAUACGAGCUCAUAUUUACAGGUUGUACCGAGCUCCGUUUGGGUCAAACGCUGCGUUGGGCUUUGCAACUUCGGACCACCAGGCUCGCAGUGCAUCGCCAUCAAAAGUAGAAUGGAAGCCAUACCGGUAAGGGUGUAUAACCUUAAAACUGAAAAGGAGACCUGCACUACGUACGAGGUUGAGGUCCACGAGAGCUGCGGCUGUUGCACCACCUUACCCAGGGACUGCGUGGCCCCAAGAGUGUUCAAUCCUCGUAAGUGCUCCUGUCAAUGCCCCAACAUGGAUGACAGAAGGAAAUGUCCAUCAAAGCGGAACCAGAAUAUGAGGUGGAAUCGAUCUAAAUGCGAGUGUGAGAAAAGAAGAACGUUCUGGUCAUCAAAAUUUUAGCAGGCUCCGAAGCAAUAAUGAAAACCGGUUGAUGCUAGAUGAAAUUUUACGGCUCUCCACUGCGUUAAAGUGAGAGCCUUCGUUGUGAACUCAGAGAUAACGACGACUGAACCAAGUGUCUUAUAGUUAAGCGUAUUCAUGAAAUUUUAGCAGUAUUAUAGUAGUAUUAAGUUAUUUAUUGUUAAUCUAAAAAUGGGACCAAACGGUGUUGUGAAUUGACUGGCCUUAUGUUCCAUUAUUAUGCGUCCUAUUUUGAUGUACUUAAUUUAUAACUGGUCGAUAUUAAACGGUGUUAAUAUAAAAUAACAAAUAUCUUUAUAACCAUUCAGUUUUGAAGAUUUUAAAAGUCAAUUUCACUGCUGAUACUAAAGAAUUUCUUCAAUUACUUUACAAAAAUUUAUCGCCGUUUAAUAUAGUAGACUGGUUUUAUGCUAGUUCUGUUAUAGUUACAAUACUACUGCUAGUACUUUUAAGUUUCUCAGUAUUUGUUUUAGUAUAAUAAGCGUUGGAUGAACGCAAUUCCUAAAUUGUGAUAUUCAUUUCCAGUAAGUAGUUAUAAACAGUAUUAGUUAGUUUAAUACUUCCUUAUCGUCUUCUAGUCAAGCGGUUCUUGUUCGUUUUAUGUAUAGCUCGACUAUUGUAACUCGCUCUCUUAAUGAAUUGUAAAUUUAUAGUUUGUAUAUAUAGAAUGUUUUUUUUUUAAGUACUAGUCUAGUGAGUGCCAAAGGCAUGGAAUCUCAAUUAAUGUUAGUUUAUUUCAUACUAAGGCAGCUUAAAAAGCUUUAAGUGAUUCAAUCACGUGACUAGUUUUAAGAUCAUAAUUUAUGCCUAAUAAAAAUUUGUACUUAAUUUUAUAUAAAUAA